AUGCAGGCGCUUCAAGACGCGCAGCAGCGCUUUAAUGACCUUGUGAAUAAUGACACUGUCUGGCCCGAGCGCGUGCCGGUGACGAAUCUGCCGGACUUUGACGCCUCGUUUAUGAAGGAAGGGUUUCUGCAAAAGAAAGGCCAGCGGCUCAAAGGAUGGAAACGUCGCUGGUUCGUCUGUGACGGCCGCACGCUGUCGUACUAUAUCUCGAAGAAGGACCGGAAGCCGAAUGCCGUGAUCCCUUUAGAAGGCUGCAGUGUCGAAGACGGGGGACUGAGUGAGACGUGGAACUCGCCGCGCAUUUAUUUGACGGACCCCGCGACCGGGAUCAUGUACUGCUUGUCCGCAGAAGAAGGGACCGUGGUCACGCAAUGGCUCCAUGUCUUGCGCGCAGCGGUGGCUCGAGUUCAAAGUGGAUCCACUGGGAGUGACGCGAGUGUCGAGGCAUCGUCACAAGGCUCGGCACUGAAGCAACGCUCAGGACGACAGCAGAACAAGUCGCAGAGGCCACGGCUGCCGUCGGCUUCUGAUGAUGAAGACGGUCGCGUGCAUCUCAAACGCGCGUCAUCAAUGGAACCGACUUCGACCUUACCGAGAUCAACAUUGGUAGGAUCAAAUGCUCCAGCAUCGUCAAAUGCAGCUGCAAGUGGCGAGAAGAAGAGGCGUGCGGCUCGGGUGGUAGCAGCACCUUUGGUGACCGGUACGAGUUCGAAUAGUACGGCAACGUUACCGCCGUUACAGCAGCAGCAUCACCGCCCUCAUCGUACGAAGACACAGCGCUUGCCGACGACUAUUUCGCUGGAAAAUGAGCUGUCGUAUGGACUUGAUGUACUGGAGGCACUGUUGUGUGGCCACAGCAUGACAAGGUCAUCGUCUCCGAUUCGCAAUCACGUUGUAUUUCGACCCAUGGGUGCAUCCAACGGCGUGUUGCGUAGCCUUGGGACGGACAUGAGUUCUGGAAAGCAGUAUGCGCGAGCGAGCGUUGUCUUGCCUGUGUCGUCCGAAGUGGCGGCGAUAUUGCUGGCCGACCAUGCCCGCCGCGCCGAGUGGGAUUUACACUUCCCACAGUCAUCGCACGUUGCCACGUUUGACGAUGCAACGGAUCUCGUGCACUUGUCGAGUGGCAGCUUUGCGCAAGUCCAGAAAACGAAGCCGUUUAUAGCUCCACACGUGGCUGCCACAGUGUGUGCUUUGUGCGCAGCACUUUUGUGGAGCACUGCAUCGUGGGAGGCAUUGCUGACUGCUAUGACAUACGCUGCUGCCGUUGGUGGUAUCGUGAGUACCAUUGAUCACAGUGCAUUCACUGCACCACGUGAUCUGGUGCUUUUGCGUCAUGUGCGCGAGUCUGCUGCACCUGAGUCGCACGAUUCGAGCGAAGACAAGUCCGUGGAUGAGAUGGGUCGUUCUGUGGUGCUCAUUUUGGAAAAGUCGGUGGUGAACGAGUUAAAACCGAUCGUGCCUGGAAUAGUGCGUGCGUGUGUGGGCUUGAGCGGCUGGUUGCUGGAGCCGGUCGCAUUAGGACGCGCUACAUUGGUCACCUACAUCACCGAUUUGGAUAUGCAGGGUUGGUUGUCACCGUCUGCACGACAAAGCUUUCUGCUUUCGCGCCUGGAUUGUGUGUCUGUUCUGAGUGAAUACGUCAAUCAGGCGCAGUUGUGUGGGUCAGAGCUUGGGUUUGGUGGCGGUCUGGACGAGGACGGUGACGGCGAGUACGAUUCUCGAAGUGCUGGGUACGAAGAGACUGGCGAUGGAAGUCUUGGGGAUGCUGCCGAUAGCGAGUCAUCUGCGAUUUUCCACCCAAAGAUCUAUAUGCGUGGCAUGAUGCCAUUGCCUAGCGGUGGCUUGAAACUGAUCGACAAAGAGGUUGCGAAAAAGCAAGGUGGUGUGGUGAAGGAUGUGAUCAAAUCUGCAGGAGCAAAGAUCCUGGAGGGCAAGUCAGCUGUUAGUCUGUCACUGCCAGUGCGUAUUUUUGAACCUCGCACCAAUCUAGAACGUGUGUGCGAUCUGAUGCUGUAUGCGCCAACGUUCUUGAAUGUUGCGUUCGCACAGAAUGACGCAUUGGAGCGCUUCAAAUACGUCAUGACAUUUGCUGUGGCGGGGCUACAUCACAGUGUUGGACAGCUGAAGCCAUUCAAUCCGAUUCUAGGUGAGACGUUUCAGGCCACGCUGAACGACGGCACUGACGUUAGCUGCGAGCACACGAGCCACCAUCCUCCUAUCAGUAACUUUCAGUUCACUGGGGACAAAUACUCGAUUGCUGGGUUUGUGCUUUGGCACGCCAGCAUGAGUGUGAAGUCCAACGCAAUGCUCAACACAAACAAGGGACCAGUUCGUAUCACAUUCCCUGACACCAAAGAUCUUCCUGGAACGACUGUCGAGUACAAUCUGCCGUACUUGCAGAUUGGUGGUCUGCUGUGGGGAGACCGUACGGUUGACAUUAUGGGUAACAUGGUGUUUGAAGACAAGAAGAACCAUCUGCAGUGUGAGCUGCGCUUGAACCCGGAUGCAAAGUCGGGCAUGGGUGGUAUGUUCAUGUCCUCGAAGACUCCGACGGAUUCUCUCCGCGGUGUGAUCUUGGACACUUCGGUUACACCCCCGCGUGAGAUUUGUGAUGUCUCUGGCUCGUGGCUGCACGAGCUUGUCUUUGGCAACAAGACAUACUGGGAUAUCAACAAGUACCAGAGCGGCUACAUGGUGCCUUAUCCAAAAGAAAAGAUUCUGGCGUCCGACUCGCGGCACCGCGAGGAUCUACAUUAUCUGGCAACAGGAGAUUUGGAUGAAUCGCAGGAGUGGAAGGUGAAGUUAGAGGUGUUGCAGCGUGCUGAUCGCAAAGCGCGUCUAGAGGGUCGGCGUCCGAAUCACUGGUCUUAUCGAGGUGCUGCUGGCGGUCAUUAA